GCUGGUAAGAGGGGAAGGCGGAGGGACCACGGAGGCAUGCUGACGACUGGAUCGGAGUCGAGGAGGAUGCGACGAACCCUGCGGAUCGCCAAAUUACGUUCUCUCCGAUAGGCGCCUCCGAUCACCGGCCCAUCGCGCGACCGAUCUCGGCACGCACCUGCUUCGGGGCGGGAAUUGCCCCUUCCGUGCCGCUGUGCGGGCAGCGUCCCCCUUUGGAUGUCUGCUUCCGUUGUCGCGUCUCGUCCACCCACGGCUGUCGGCCACCUCACUGCCCCGUGCCCACUCAGCUCCCGAGGAGCACCCCUCUGGCAAGGCCUGUGUCAUUCUGCAUACGAGAUCCGCUCUGCCCCAUCUACAACCCAAACGCCACCGGGCUCUAAUCGCCCUCUCCCCCUGCCGCCACCUCUUGGCGAAUCCCACUGACACUGACCGGCCCAGACCUAUGGCUGCACUGGUAGAGCCGCAGACCAUAGCG